AUGGGGCAUCAUACGGAGGUUCCUGGGCGCAAAAUCUCGCUUUUCAACCUUGCAGUUGUGCUCGCCCUGACGCUGGGCAGCCUGACAUAUGGGUAUACCUUCAGCAUCACAUCCACCACCCUUGGGCAACCAGGAUGGUACCUCUUCUUCGACCUCUCUUCGGAAGCUACUGGUCCUAAGUAUUCAUACACUCAAGCCAUUACGGGCACCAUGAACGGUCUUUUCUGUGCUGGUGAUUUUCUUGGGUCGAUAUUUAUCGGUUGGUCUUGUCAUGCGAUGGGACGAAAGAACUCACUAUGGAUUGCUUCUCCUCUUGCAAUACGGGGUGGCGCACUUCAAGCCGGUGCGGUGCAUAUCGGCAUGUUCCUUAUUGGGCGGUUCAUAGGAGGGUUUGCCGUUGGCGUUGUCCUCGUCCUGGGUUAUUCUCUUGCCGCUUGGACCGGGUUUGCCUGUUUCUUCCCGACCAAUCUCUCUUUUCAAUGGCGAUUCCCGCUUGCUGAGCAAUGUCUUUGGCCUUUGCUUAUGCUGAUUCUGACUCCGUGGAUUCCCGAAUCUCCUCGCUGGUUGAUUAUGAAUGAUCGUAUGGAUGAUGCUUGGUCAGUAAUUAUCAAACUGCACGGGGUUAGUCAAAAUGACACUACCUCGGCCGCUGCCUCCUUCGCGCGGGAGGAAUUUUAUCAAAUGAAGCAACAAGCCGUUGUCGACAAGGCUACAGCAUCUGGUGAGAGCUUUGGUACUCUUUUCACGAAGCCCUCGUACCGGAAGAGAAUGCUUUGUGCAUUCUUCACAAUGUUCGCGUCUGAAUCUACAGGGAUUCUGGUGGUGUACAAUUACUCUGUUCUCCUCUACCAAGGUCUUGGGUUUGAUAACAAGAUAUCUCUCUUGUUGUCUGCUCUAUAUGUUAGCGUGGCCUGCGCAGGAAAUUACAUUUCUUCGAUUUUGGUUGACCGUGUGGGACGGGUCAAGCUGUUCCUGAUUGGGUUUAGUGGCUGUUUGAUUAGUUUGAUCUUUGAGACAGUGAUGGUCGCAAGAUAUACUGGGUCCACAAAUAAGGCUGGCUUGAGAGCAGGCGUCUUUUUCCUCUUCAUCUACAUUUUCUUUUAUGGCUGUUGUGUCGACGCUACGACCUACGUCUACUGCAGCGAAAUCUUUCCGAGUCACAUUCGUGCCCGUGGAGUCGCGUUUUCCCUUUCUAUUCUUUUCCUUACAGCCCUGGUAUAUCUGGAAGCUGCUCCAACCGCAUUUGCCCAUAUUGGAUGGAAGUACUACGUGGUUUUCCUUGUCGUCACUUUGGUCAAUAUCUUCGUGGUUUGGUGGCUGUUCCCCGAGACAAAGGGACUCAGUCUGGAAGAGAUCGGCGAGCUAUUCGGCGAUGACGUGGCUGUACAGCUAACGCAGCUUACAAUGGAGGAGAGAGAGCUUUUGGACCAAAAGAUCCUCUCGGAGAAGAGUAUGGGAGAUGAAAUUCAUAUUGAGGUUAACACAGAGCGGUCGGAGGGAAACUAG